UUCCGGUUGAUAACAAAUCUUCUAAAAUGCUCUUGAUUUUGUCAUUUUUAAAGAAUUCUGUUCAGUUAUAUUGAUACAUUGUGAACUAGAAUCAUGAGUAAGUCACACCAUCACAAGGCGGAGAAUAAGUUCAAGUUUCGAAACUUUGCUGACCGCAUCUCUAAUGUGAACAUUGAUGUCGUGAGGAAGAACCUAAAGCACACAGAGACCCCUGAAGAUGAGGAUACAUUCUUUUAUGAAGGUUUACAGAAAUGGCAGGAACUCAAUUGUACUCAACAUUUCACAAACUUUCAGAGAGAGAUUCGUGAUAAAGUUCACACAUUUGCCCAGUUACUUCACAAUAAGGAAAUAGUUGUUGGACUUUUGGAGAAGCAUCUUCAGAUACAUGAUAGCCUUGCACUAGAGCCAUUGCUGGACCUGGUGGUCCAGCUGGCCAGAGACUUGCAGAGUGAUUUCUAUCCACUCUUUCCUGCAUUCUUCCGCAUUUUAGUGAAACUCCUUUCAGUGUAUCACCAUGACACUGAGACUCUAGAGAAAAUCUUUGUGUGUCUCUCAUACAUAUUUAAGUUCCUGUGGCGCCAUCUGUUAAAAGAUAUCGAGAAUGUUUUCACGUUGUUCUGCCCUCUUCUGGAUGAGAGCUAUAAAGAAUAUAUCAGGAAUUUUGCUGCUGAGAGUUUUGCCUUUUUGAUGCGUAAGGUCAAGGAUAGAGAUGCUCUAUUUGAUUUCAUGUUUAAAAAAUUGGUGGAAAACCCAAAAUUGAUACCAGGCUUGGGUCGUUUGUUGUUUGAAAUGAUGAAGAAUGUCAGUCGACAGUUCCACAGCUGCCACCUACAGGUGCUGCCUUGUCUGCUUGGUAAACUACGCCAAACACCAGAUAAAUCAGAAGAUGACUGUGAGCUGAUUGCUGAAGCAUUGGUGGUCACCAUGGGAGCAAUUACCCUACACACUAGCAAGGAGGCUGUAUCUACUAUAUGGACCGUUGUCCAGAAACACCUAACUGAGGUGACUGCUAUAUAUGACAAGGCAAAGGGGAAGAAUAUUUCACAGGUUGAGCACUAUCUCUACUGUCUCCUGAAGGUGCAUCAUGUAAUAGUGGAGUACAGGAGCGGUGCGUUAGUAACAGACGCAUCUGCAACCAUGCAGCUUUUUUCUGCAAUGUUGAAGGCUGGUACAUUCAAACGACAAUGUCUUACACAACUGUUAGAUGGCGCUGCUAGUCUAUUGUUAAACAAUAGUGCUGGGGCACAAUUUGAAGCCAUCUCAAAGUUAAUGCAACUGGUAUAUUCUUCAAGUUACGACCAUUCCAUCAUAUACAGUUUCUCCCGCAAAUUAUUUCCCAUGAUGCAUUUUGAGAAAGAUGUCCUGCCUAAACUCCUCGCAUUUUGUCAGAAAUGUAUAACAACUCCAGAAAGCAAGCUGGAUACAUUGAUGUUUAUCACUGAACUUUUGUUGUUUAAAUCACCCCUAGCAACAGAUGCAUCCCAGGUCAACUCCUACACAAACUAUUUACUGGACUUUGGGAGUGCUAAAACAAGAAAAUCAAAAGUGGGCACUGUAGCUGACUAUAUCACAGGGUUGCUAAAGGAAAUUAGUUUGAAGGACCUGGUGGAGCCAUCUAUGUGCAGUAAAAUAUGGGCUGCCCUUGUAUGCCUUCCGCAUAUUAGGCCUGUUGAUAGUGAAGCGUGCAAGAAGAAGGUUGUUACUUUGUUUACCAUGGCAACAGAUUUUACAUCAGAGGACUGGACUGCAGACCUUUUACCUCUCAUAGGACAACUAGUCAUAACCAUGGCAUCCCUUAUGGAAGGCAAAGAGUUCCUACAAGCUUUGCCAUUUGAUACAGUGAAAUACAUUCUGGAACACCACCCUGAUGAUGUGAGCGUCUUGAGGUCUGCUGACUUCUACUUCACCAUAGCCAGCCUGGAGGGGGAGUCAAAACUGUUAACACCUGCUAUUGCCAGUGAACUGUUCCCAUUGUUACAAAAUAAUAUCAGUUCUUGUUAUCAGCAGAAUCGAUUGCUGACCCUCAGGAUUUUCAGCCAUUUUGAAUAUGACAUGCCUCAUUCUGAAGAUGUUCCUAUAGCAACACAAAAUGUCUUCCAAAUCUGUCUCUCUGCUGAACUGACUAUAGCAAACAUACACACCUACAGAGACAAAUUGAAAUAUCUACGCAAACUGGAACAUGGGAUUGUAACUAAUAUUUUACCCAAAGGACCAUAUAAACUGGUGCCCCUUAGAUACCUCAUCGGUAUGUUAUAUGUUAACUUUACCAUGAUGUGGGACCCUGUCAUACAGCUCAUUAAGUCCCACGCCGAUGGCCUUGAUAGGAUGGAGUUCUGGGGUACAUGGCUACCCUUCCUACAGAGCUCUGCCAGCUUAGCAGAAAAAGAAUUACAUAAAGAGCAGGGAGUUCGUAAACCUUCAGCUGAAAAUGAACAACCCACUGAUCUAGAGGCCCUCUACUGUCAGCAACAGGAACUAAUGUCUUUGCGGGUCAAAGACCGGGCUGACCAUGUUAACUUUCGCCAUCUAUUGUGGAAGUCCAUGGCUCAAUUCCCAGAUAAAUGUGAGCCUCGUUCUAGAGAUCUUGCUCCUAUGCUGUUUUCAUUCCUUAAAAAUGAGUUUUAUCCUGAAGAUCUUGACACUGCUCCUUAUCAAGAUCUUGAGAGGAAAUCAGAAAGCAUGGAAACUGACCAAUCAGAAACCUUAGAUCAAACAGGCCAAUCAGAUUCCAUAUUACAAGCAGAUGGAGAAGACACUGAUGUAGCCAAUCAGAAAGAUCAUACCAAAGAGGACAAAUACUCAAUGAAGAGGAGACGUGCAACUAGCAAAUCCCUUGUGAUCCACCUUGGAGUGUUUGCCAAGUUCUCUAAUCCUAAGAAUAUCUACAUGGAGCCCCAAUUGACAGAUCUCUAUAAUGAGUUAUUGCUACAUAGAGACCAUGAUGUACAAAGGGUGGCCUAUGACUGUAUAUGGGCAUACAAACACAAGUACCUCAGGCCUUACAAGGCUAACUUUGAGCGUCUGUUGGAUGACAAGACAUUUAAGGAUGAGAUUGUUCUGUUCAGUAUAGAUUCUGAAACUGGAGUAGUGGAUGCUAAACACAGAGAUAACCUAUUGCCUUUACUAAUGAGGCUCCUUUAUGGUAAGAUGUACACCAAGACGGGGAAUGAUACCCAAGGGAAAGCCCAGGCUGGUGUACGUAGAGGAAUAAUCUUCAGGUUCCUAGCAGGCUGCAAGCAACAUGAACUGAAAGUGUUCGUGGAUCUCAUAUUCAAGCCAUUCAAGCAUUUAAUUGAAUCUGAUGACAUCAAUAAAACUGUGUGUGAUAUACUGCAGAAUGACAACAUAAGUAAAGUCAUACCUUUGAGAAGACAACAAAGUGUACUGGGUACUCUAGAGGUCAUAUUCAACAAGCUAGGCCACCUAUUGGACUCCUACCUACCAUCUAUAUUGCGAAUCAUGCUAGGAGUGGCUGCUGACUGUACUCGGAUUCUAGAGAGGAGGGAGCGUGUCAACCCUAAAGCCAUCAACACACUCAAGACUCUUAGACAUCUCACAAUUGACAGAAUCAACCAGUAUUUUAGCCACUUUGAUAGCUACCCAUUCUCAGCCAAUGAGAUCAGUGCUGUAUUCCACGCUGUCGUUUUGGACCAACUGAAACACCUUCCAAUUGAAGGUGUACACAGUCCAACUCCACUGUUGAAGGUUUUCAGAAUGUGGAGCCAGAAUCCAAGGUAUUUUACAUUGUUCUCAAAGCUGAAAGAAGACAGCGAUGACAUUUCACCAUUACCCAACAUCCUUGCGCUCCUAGCAUCGCCACAUGUACGUCCCAAUGUUGUUACCAUGGUGAUGGAGAUUGUUGAGAAUCUGUUGACAACCAGAGAUGAGGACCUACAGGAAGGGGAGGUCAUGCUACAUGUGGAACAUUGUGUCCAGGUCAAAGACUUGGAAAAAUCGUUUGAAGAGGCACCAAGUUAUGGCGUCAAGCUGCUGUUUCCACAUGUCCCCCUGGUGUUUGCACAUCUCAGUCGUGUUGUUGCAAAGAUGGCGGAGAAACGUACUGGAAAACAAACUGUACCUGCUAAAGAAUUGGCGAUACUGUCCAGAUUGAGCAUAUUUGUGACGGAGCCAGAACAGAGUGCUGUUGUGAUUGGCCUGUUGAUUCCAUUCCUGGCUGCAAAUGUCAGUCUAAAUCAAGAGACUGGGCUCAGUAUACUCAAAACAGUCUGUAACCUCAUAAGGCUGGUGCAUAACCCUGGCCAGUUUAUACGACCUAUCUGUAGAUUAUUUAGUGCAAUUGACGAUAGGAUGGCACGUAAUGCUCUCUGUGAUGUCAUACGUGUCAUUGGAGACAAAAACGAGUCCCUGAAAAAACUUGCCGAUUUGCUAUGUAAAUUGAACUCCUGGGACAAGCGCAGAAUGGAGGAACCUGACUAUAACCAGAGACUGGAUGCUUUCAGGGAAAUUAACUCAAUUAUCGCUAACAUGAAAAUGGUGGAUGAGAAUAUGGUGCUAGCUCUAUACCAUAAUUGCUGCCAUGUCAUAUCUAAGAUGAAUGACAUGUCACUGCGAGAGAGUGCCACCUAUUGUAUCACAGAACUAACUAAGAGAUUGGCAGGUCUAGAGAUGACACAGGAUACACAGAGACUUCUCAUAGUGGAGACACUUGUACCUCUAGUCAAGUCUGGCAUGCGCCUCAAAACAGAGGUUCAGAGACAUGAGUUUAUCUCCGUACUCAAUGUUCUGAUAAAGCACUACACCACCCCCGCAGUAUUUCAAGACCUUGACCAGUUAUCAGACCCUGACCCAGAGGCAGAUUUCUUCGAGAACAUCAAACACAUCCAGGUUCACAGACGGGCAAAAGCACUCAGGAAACUAGUCCGAUAUCUCGGAACUAAAUCAUUAAAAACUGAAUCUCUGACAUCAUACUUGUUGCCAUUGGUAACUAGUUUUCUUGGUGAAGAGUAUCUGAAGCAGACAAACUUGAUUGAUGCCACAAUUGACACCAUUGGUGCUAUUAGUAAACGGUUACCAUGGCCACAUUAUCUGUUGUUGCUACGGCAGCAUUUAGGCUCAUUGACAAAGGUUUCGCUUACUAACCAGAAAGUGACUGUAAGAUUGUUGGUGGCCAUCUUGGAUUCCUUCCAUUUUGAUCUCAGUGCAUCUAAAGGUUUAUAUGACAGUCAUCCUAUUAAAAAGAAAACAGCUACAAAAGAUAGUGACAACAAAAAUGAUGAUACAAAACUGGACGAAAUGGAAGAAGAUGCUACUAUAGAAACUGACACUGAUCCAGUUGCUAUGGAGACAGCAGAAGAUGAGAAAGUCACUGAGAGUGAAGACACAGAGUGUAAGAUUGAGAAAGUGAAAUGCCCCAGUGGGUUAGCAACCAGAAUACACAGGAUGAUUGUGAAGAUUACCCUACCACAACUACACAAAGUGCUCGUGAAAAAGGCUAAGACUGAUGGCGAACAUAAGAUGUCUGGGGGUUCUAAAUAUGCUGAGGAUGAAGAGAUCCUACGUGUUCCCAUAGCUCUGGCUAUGGUAAAACUGAUGCAGCAUCUUCCUAAGGCAAGCUUAGAGAAUAACCUACCAGGGGUUAUCCUCAAAGUAUGUCAAUUCCUGAAAUCUCGGGCUAAAGAUAUCCGUGUCUCUGCCCGGGAUACGCUCAUCAAGAUAAUGGAGAGUGUAGGGCCCAGGUAUUUGGGGUAUGUCUUACAUGAGAUGAGAGGCACAUUGACCAGGGGGUACCAGCUUCAUGUGUUGUGUUUUACUGUGAACUCCCUCUUACAUAGUCUCACCAGUGUAGUUAGUCCUGGAGACUUUGAUUCCUGUUUAGGACCUCUUGUGAAGGUAUUCAAUGAGGAGUUAUUUGGAGAGGUUGCUGAAGAAAAAGAAGUUGCUGGUAUCACUGGCAAACUGUUUGAAGCCAAGACUAGUAAGAGUUACGACUCAUAUGAGAUCAUAGCUCGCUUUGUUGGUGCUGAGUCACUAGGCCAGUUGAUACUGCCUUUGAAGGAGAUAUUGGAGUCCAGUAUGAGUCACAAGAACACGAAGAAGCUGAUUGAGGUGUUACGCAGAGUGUCCAUAGGGCUUGUAGAGAACACAGGUCUUACUAUAGAGAAGAUGCUCAUCUUUUCACAUGGACUGACACAGGAUGCUCUGCCCAUUAUCACUGAGAAACAGAAGUCUAAGGGAAAUGCUAAACCAGCUGCUGAUCCUCGAUUCAAGCCUACAAACACCUACAUUGUGCAGGCCUUGCCCACUCGUGGUGGUGUCAAGCCCCCCACUAACACAACCACGAAUGCACAUAUCCUGGUAGAGUUUGCCCUGCAGUUGCUCCACUUACUACUGAAGAGAGCUAAGUUGCUAAGUACCAAUGUUGAACAUCUCCAACUGUUGGACCCUUUUGUUCCUAUACUGGCUGACUGCUUGCAUUCCAAACAUGUCAAGACAGCAUCCACAGCCUUGCGAUGUCUCAGUUGGGUCGCAAAGUUCCCCCUCCCUGCCAUGAAAGACCACAUAGAGAGAGUAACAAAUGGAAUGUUCCUAAUUCUACAUAACUAUACAUUUGCUGGGUCGGCACAUGGAGACAAUGCCGAACUCAUCGUAGUUUGCUUUAAGGCGUUGACAAUAGUUGUGCGAGAUAUCAAAUACCACUCAAUCACUGAGAAACAAUUGCAUGUACUUCUGGGAUACAUAGAAGAGGAUAUUAGGGACCAUCAGCGCCAGGCAACAGCAUUUGGACUAUUGAAGGCUGUUUUGGCAAGGAAACUACAAGUACCUGAAAUGAAGGAGGUUAUCAGUAAAGUUCAGGAGUUGUCAGUCCAGUCCGAUUUUUCUCAUAUCAGGCUACAAUGUAGACAGGUUGCCUUGCAGUACUUACUGGACUACCCCCUAGGGAAGGAACUGAAGUAUCACCUCGACUUCUACAUGGCUCAGAUGAACUACAGACAUGAGGCUGGAAGAGAGAGCAUUCUCGAGAUGUUGGCCACUAUAUUCUCAAGCUUCCCACAGCAACUAAUCACCCAGUAUGGUGGUUACUUCUUUGUUCCUAUGGUAACCAGAAUGAUAAAUGAUGACUCAGCAAAAUGUCGGAAACUUGUAUCACUGGCCAUCAAGUCGUUGCUCGAUAAGUUGGAAAGCAAUACUAGAGAUGAGCUCUUCUCAUUGGUUGUCGUGUGGCUUAAAGAUGACAAAGUGAUGCACCGGAGACUCGGGUGUGUGGCUUGUGGAUUAUUUGUGGAAGUUGAAUCAGGAGGAUUUGAGCGCCAUCUAGAAAAUAUCUUACCCAUAAUGCAGUCUCAGAUUGACCCUACACGCUUUGCAAACAUUGAUACCUGCAGUGAGGCUGAACAAAGAGACCUGGACCAUUUGCUGUUCAGUGUGUUGAACACAAUAUCUAAGAUCCUGCAACAAUUGCCCCAUAUUAUCACUGAGCCCAGGUGGACUGAACUACUCAACCAUAUAUGGGAGAGCCUAGAGUCCCACAUAUUGUACGCUCAUACCUGGGUUAGAUUGCGUACAGCUCAGUUGUAUGGUAUGCUGUUCUCUGCCUAUAGUAUUGAUGAUGUGGUUGCCAUGGCAAAGCCAAAAAACAGUAAGGUUGCCAAGGUGACACCUGGUAAAAACAAAAUGAAGAUGACGCAGGAAUACCUUGAGAUGGAUACAGUUGGCAAGUUAAGGAGCCUUAGCAGGGACUUCUGUAGCCAGUUGACCACUGAGAACCUUGAAAGUGAUCUUGCUGAACAGAUUGUCAAGAACUUAGUUUUCCUCGCUAAAGUGAUCAUCAAACUAGUGCCUCCCAGUGAAAAAACAGAUAACGUAAAGGACAUUGAUGAUGUCACAAAGGAAAAUGGUAGUGAUGCCACAAAGGCAACAUUGAACAUUCAUUGGUUGAUUAGACGGUUAAACAGGGAGGCAAAAUUUGAAGCUGCUACAGAUCAGAAAUCUACUUUAAAGAGAAGUAGCGUGUUUAAAUGGACUGCUGCAGUUGGUCUUGAGCUAGGGAGCAUACAUUUACCACCUUGCCUUCAUCUUAUGCUCCCUGCAUUACAGCGAGAGGUGGGAGAUAAUUCCACUACAUCAGAUGCUGAUUUGAAGUCAUUAGCCAAUGAGGUGCUGGAACUGUUUAAAGGCAUUGUGGGAGUGGAGGUGUUCACCCAAGCAUAUGCUAAUGUACAAAAAGACCGCAGUUUGAAGAAAGAGGAGAGGAAACGUCACCAGGCGAUGGAGGUAAUCGCCAAGCCUGAGAUUGCCGCUAGGAAGAAAAUUAGGAAGAAUGAACAGAAGAAAGAAGCGAGAAAACGCAAAAUUGAUGAAUUUAAACCAAAUAAGAAACUAAAAAAGAAAAGGACUACUUAGUUGUGAACUAAUAUUUGCAUUUUUAAUGGAAUGUCAGUCUUAGGAUAUUAAUAAAUAUUUAUAUAUAUAGCAA